AUGUGUUGGCUCCAUCCGGUGCACGGCACCCCUGCCAAGUAUCCGCUGCAAGUGUCGCAGCAGGAAGGUCUCGACGGGCUCCGGCAUGUUUUGGACCAGGCCGCGAGCGGCAUGAGCCAGCUGCCUUGGAAGCACAUGCAGCUGGAUUCCAUCUGCGUGACGACCUGCGGGAUCCAGUACCAGGACAGCGGUGACCGUGAAUCGCCGUGCAGCUCCGACUUUCACAUACCCUUGGAGUGGUCGGACCUGUUGUGGGCUGACACGCGGCCCUGCAACUCGGGGGAGCUGGAGCCAACCCAGAUCCUGCUCGUGGCUCCGGAGGUCGCGAAGUCGGACGCUCAUCGCCCUGUGUGGCUGCUCUUCGGCCAUUUCCACUCCGAUGGCUUGAAGCACUUUCUGCAGUAUCUUAGCCGGUGCGGAGCUAUACGAUGGGACUUUCGAGAGACGCAUGAAGUCGUGAGACCCUGUGGACGAGGUCUGCACGGGACCGUGUUUGUUGGUGAGGUGAAGGAGUCACCUUCGAGGAGCAGGCCUCGCCACAGGGUGGCGGUCAAGGUCUUCGACUCGGAUGAGGAUUACGUCCGACGAGAAGUCCGCUUCAUGUCCCAGACGGGCGAGCAUCCCAACAUUGCGUCCUUGCUGGGCGUGUUCGGCGUGGAGCAGGCAGACGCUUCUGGCAAGCGUGCGCGCCACGCGCUGGUCAUGGAGCUCGGGGCCCGCGGGGAUCUUUCAGCCCGACUGGCGCGCGGCGCGCUUCCACAGUCCAGAGGGGUCGAAAUCAUGGUCGGCGUGAUGUCGGCGCUGGCUUUCCUGCACAGCCGGCGCAUCGUGCAUCGGGAUGUCAAGCCCGAGAAUGUCGUCCUGCAUGCAGACCACUGCCCGAUGCUGGUGGACUUCAGCAUCGCCGCAUCCUUAGACGAUCCUGCUGCCCUGCGGCGCAGUGGUGGCUCCCCAGGAUACGUGGCUCCUGAAAUAAUUGAGCUGCGACCUCAUUGCGAGAAAGUGGAUGUUUUCGGCGCUGGUGCUUUAUGGUACACAUUGCUCUCGGGGCGAUUGCCGUUUCCCGGUGCGAACACGAAGGAGAUCCUUGCCAACUCGCUCAGAUGCGAUGUCGAGCUGGCGACCUCUUGCCCGGAAUGUAGCGAUCCCAGGGUGCAAUGGUGCUUGAAAGGACUCCAGCAUGACAUCCGGGGUUUAGGGUUUAGGGUUUAG